GAAGACUUGGGCGAUAGAAAGGUUGAAGGUUGAUAAAAAUCCAUCCUCGCCCUACUCAUCGCUGUGGUUCUGCCGACUCCAAAUUAACGAACAACUUCUUUCUUCAUCAGUGGUGAUGGCAUCUGUCUCGAGUCAGCCUCAGUUCCGGUACACGCAGACCCCAUCAAAGGUUCUUCAUCUGAGGAACUUGCCUUGGGAGUGCACUGAAGAAGAAUUAAUUGAACUUGGAAAGCCCUUUGGUAAAGUUGUCAACACUAAAUGUAAUGUUGGAGCUAACAGAAAUCAAGCCUUUAUUGAGUUUGCUGAACAAAAUCAAGCAAUUGCUAUGAUAUCGUACUACGCUUCAUCGUCCGAACCGGCACAGGUACGAGGGAAAACCGUCUACCUACAGUACUCCAACCGGCAAGAAAUUGUGAACAACAAAACGUCUGCAGAUGUUGCUGGAAAUGUACUUUUGGUAACGAUUGAGGGUAAUGAUGCCCGCUCUGUCAGCAUUGAUGUCUUACACCUGGCAGGCCCAUGUCAAGGAUUAAUCUUCGAUGGCAGCUAAUUGCUUCGGGAGAAAGAGCGCAUGUGUUCUCUGCAUUUGGGUUUGUGCAUAAAAUCACAACUUUUGAGAAGACAGCUGGAUUUCAGGCUCUGGUACAGUUUACUGAUUCGGAAACUGCUACUUCUGCGAAGGAUGCUCUUGACGGGAGGAGCAUUCCCAGUUAUUUGAUUCCGGAGCUGGGACCAUGUUCUCUGAAGAUAACGUAUUCUGCGCAUACAGAUUUGAGUGUUAAAUUCCAGAGUCAUCGUAGCAGGGAUUAUACCAACCCUAUGCUUCCGGUUGCAUCCUCAGCAAUAGAUGCUACUGGUCAGUUCAGUUUGGGUAUAAACGGGAAUAAGAUUGAAUCGGAGAGCAAUGUUCUUCUUGCUUCUAUUGAAAACAUGCAAUAUGCAGUCACUCUGGAAGUAUUACAGAUGGUGUUCUCUGCUUUUGGCCCUGUCUUGAAGAUUGCAAUGUUUGACAAAAAUGGAGGACUUCAAGCUUUAAUCCAGUACCCUGAUGUUCAGACCGCUGUGGUUGCCAAGGAAGCCUUGGAGGGACACUGCAUAUAUGAUGGAGGGUUUUGCAAGCUUCACAUCUCUUAUUCUCGUCACACUGAUCUAAGUAUUAAGGUGAACAAUGAUCGGAGUAGAGAUUACACAAUGCCAGCUGCCCCAAUGAUGAACGCACAACCAUCAAUCUUGGGGCAACAACCACCAUCGGCCGCCCCACAAUACAAUGCCGCCAACCAGUACAUGCCAGCCCCCCAGCCUUCUGCAGGGUGGGUUCAAGGUCCUUCGGCAGGGCCUCAAUCCAUGCCGAUGCAGCAAAUGCAUAAUCACCAGUACAUGCCACAGCAGGGGGGCAUGCCACCAUCUGAAAUGGGUCGUGGGCCGACCCAUUUUAAUGGUCAAAAUGGAUACCCACAAGGUGGAGCACCGCCACGUUACCAUCAAUAGAAUCCUUCUUUGGACUUUUUACUUGUUAUUUUAUAUGUUUUUAAGAUCUUUUUUUUUUGUGUGUGUGGGAACUAUAAAAUUUGUUGGAGAUGGACCUGGUGAUAUCAUCUCAUUUACCAGAUGUAGUGAAAUGUGAAAUUAAGUGAUUUGGAAAACCCGAAAUAAUAGCUAUAUGAAUUGCCUUGCACCUAAUGAAGCCAACAGGUUGGUCUUGGUAUUUCA